AUGAUCACCAGGUUCCUUACCGACGUUCGCGUAACCUUCAAUCCCUUCUCCCCGCGCUCAAAACCCGCCCGGCUCUUCCUCUCCCUCAUACCACCGGAUGCGCGCUCAGAUGGCAUGAAGAUUGAGUCCAAGAUGCUGCCACGGCACAGCAAGGAGCCUGCGACCUUGGGUGUCAAGUUCAAAGAUGGCAAGGAAAUGAACCUGGACCUCACAAACAUGCGCAUCCCACAAGUCGUCGAGGAGGUGGAUAGACAUUCACGGUCACUGGCACGAAAGGAGGAGCUAGCGGGCAAUUAA